GUUUGUACAUUGUCCCCACUCCUGUCCUGGAGUCUGGACUUCAGUACUUCAGUAGUCGUUCUUUUCUGCGACGGCAUCGUACGUGCCUCCUGGACUGAGGAACAUUCAUGUUGCGUGGCAACCAGAAAUUUGAUCUCCGCGAUACUCAGAUCCUCUGUGUCUUUGACUGUGUCCCAUACGUCACUUCAAAGCGGUCGAAGGCACCGGGAUUUACUUGUGCAUGCUCAGUUGUAUCGCAGUUGUGCUGUGCAGUAGACUGAGGCGGUGAACGAUAAUCAAUGUGAACUCGCAGCAUUUCCUCAUGGACAGGCAAUGAAGCGGGUCGACUGCGGAAGACGUUUACCUUGCCUAAGAUCGAGAUACACUAUCCCGCUUCUUUUGUCAAACGCCACCGGCUUGCGUAGGUGGACAUAGUGGUGGACAAGGUCGUGACUCGGUAUCCUUUGUCUCUUUGGCCACUCCUGGGCUCCUCUUUGGGUAUAUCAGGACGUCUGUUUCUCUCCGUCUUCACUUUCAUACCCACUAUCUCAUAACACUUUUAUCAUCGAAUCCCCUUCACACCUUUUACUCAGUAUAAUGGUCCGACCUCCCACACCUACUUGGUCUAUUGUAGCCGAAGGUGACACAAAUACGCCACCUCAGAUGGAGGAACCGACUACGCCUUUCAUUAUGCCUCGAUCUCGGUUCCUCCAGUUGUCUCCUGGAACUAGUCCUUCAAGUUCUUCUGGAUCAUCAUCAGUUACCUUCUCAGAAGCCGAGACUGUUUCUAUCCAGGAUCCACGUUCGCCACUUAUCUCGGAGUUCCCUCCAAUGGACUUGACUAGGACGUAUGAUAAGUAUGUCUUCCACGUAUUGUUGCCGGAGGAUAUCAAGAAAGAAAUGAUCACUGUAAGCAGCAAGAAGGGAGACAGAGUGGAAGUUGUCGCCGAUAUAUGGCACAAGGAAGAGGACGCUCACUUCGAAUGGGAAAUCCUGUUUGCGCCUGGCGAUGUGGACAUAGGCACUAUCCGCACUUCCCUAAGAGAUGGCCACUUCGUUAUAAACGUACCUCGAGUCCGCCCGCCUGUCUGCCCCCGUAAUACCUUCAGAUGGUGAAGCCCUCCAGUACCCCUCCCGCACUUGUCCCACGCCCUACGUUGUGCUCACGUUCGAACGAUGAUGAACGUGUUGACGAUUCAUGGUAUUUAUCGUGCAACUCAUGUUCAGUGUGCCCUUUUUUUCUAACUUUAACACUCAGAUGCAAUGUAUACUACUCGAUCUCAUACCUGUAUCCCUUGUCUAUGCAAUAUUGUACCCUUUACCCUUGGCCGAUCUCGAUUAUGCCAUUCUCUUAUCCUAACAAACGUUCUUGCUCGCCGUCUUGUCCUUCCUCCGCUUUUCUUCCGAACCUUAGCAUGCCUGCGGCUUUCCUUCCGGCACUCUUGGCUCCCUCAACAAUCUUGCUAACGACCCAAUUCCUCGCCCUCCAAACAGCAUGUUCACGGCUGUCUAUCCUAUCGAUCCUUACACGAUGUUCCGAGUCGACCACAACCCCGAGUGCAAGGACGGUAGUUACGAAAGACGAAAGGGCCGUACAUGAGGAUAUCAUGAACAUGAUGACCAUUUGGAGGCGUGCUGCCUGUUCAACUGAGGAUCCUCCGAGGAUAGCACCUGUCAUCAUACCAGGAAUAGCGAUGAUCCCAAUGACACUGUAUGAAACAAGUUCCUGUCAAACCUAGUUUCUUCUCUAGCUUUAUCGAACCAAUCUUACCUCAUUUG